UAUAUAACUCCUCGCUGCUGCUACUGCGGCGUUCGGUUUGCCCUUCUCUGCGGCAGCCCAGUUUGUAAACUAAAUCUUCUCAUCCUAUCGCAUUUAGCAAGAGAUACAAGGAGACGGUAAUGGAUGAAUCUACAUGUGGAGAUGAAGAUAGAAUCAGCAAUCUUCCCAACUGCAUUCUAAAUAACAUCCUCUCACUUCUUCCUACAAAGGAUGCAGUUAGCACAUCUGCUUUAUCUUCAAAAUGGAAAUGUCAAUGGACCUCAUUGACCAGUUUUGACUUCGAUGAUUCAAUAUUGUAUCCGAGCAAUGCAAAUUAUUCGGUUGAAGUGAUUCGUUUCAUGAAUUUUGUAGAAAGGGUACUUCUGCUCCGUGAUAAUUUCAACAUAAAAAAGUUUCGCCUCUCUUGUCGGGUUCCUGACAAUGCUGCACGUGUAAAUGCAUGGAUCUCUGCAGCUACUAGGCAUAAGACUGAAGAGCUCGAUAUUUGCCUCUUUGUUGAUUCAUCACUUGUGCUGCCGCGAUCCGUUUUUAACAGUGAAGUACUCCAAACACUGAAAAUAGAAAUGAGUUGUUCGCUUAUCCUUCCUGAUUCUAUUUCAUUUCCAUGUCUUAAAACCUUGCAAAUAAGUCUUGCUAUAUUUGUGGACGAGGAGUCAACUCAAAAUCUAUUCUCUUCCUGCCCAGUUCUCGAGAAUUUGGUUAUACUAGAAUGUGAAUGGAUGUAUUUGAAGAAGACAACAUUUUCUAUUCCCACACUGAAGAGCUUGGUAAUUGAAGAUCUUCCAUAUUUUGGAGGGUCAACAGGCGGAUGUGUGAUCACAGUGGAUGCCCCAAAUCUACUAUUUCUAGAAUACAGUGGCUUGCUCUUAAAUGAAGUUCGCACAUGUGAUGUACCUUCUUCACUAGAGAAAACAUUUAUUCACAUUCCUCGUCUAUGCAACGAACAAGAGGAAUUUGACCGUCGUGCAGUUGGGUUCCUUAGAAACCUAAAGAGUGCUAAAUCUAUGAAGAUGUCUAAUGCCACUGUCAAGUCUUUAUUUUUUGCAGGCAGUAAUUUAAACCGUCUUCCCAUGUUUCAGAACUUGACAUAUCUAGUUUUGAGUAUGGCAAUUGACUUCUCUUUCCAAGCAAUGAUGGACUUUCUUGACUGUGCACCAAACCUUGAAUCGCUUGUUUUCUCAGAGGGAUUUAGUCUCUUUCAGCCUUUUUCGGACAAUAGUCAUAUCAUAAAAGUGCCAAAAUGUUUCGUUUCUAGCCUUAAAGAAGUUCACAUCAAUAACUUUUACUGGCUUGAUGAAGUAAUAUGGUUUCUUUCUUAUUUGCUUAAGAAUGCAGCAGUUCUGGAGCAUAUGUAUAUACUUUGUUCUAAAUAUCCACCUGUGGAGGAUCUUGAAAAGCAAAAUGACAUAAAAAACCACCUACAACUGCUAGCAAAAGCCAGAGCCAGAAGCUGUACCAUAACAAUUGUGUAAAUAUGUGAAUUUGAAGAGCUGCCAAAUGUUGCUAAUGUUCGCCGAGGAGAGUACUUGGCUAAAUGUAUUAUAGGCUAACCAUUAGAAUCAUCGAGAAUAGUGCAUUGAUUUGGAAGAGCCCCAAAUGAAUCAUGAUGUUCCAUCUGAAGAUUGAGAGGAAAGACUCAUUGCGAAAGGCAUCUUUAUCCCUAUUUGAAAUUGAAUCCGCAAAAAGGAGCUUGUUCAACGGCGAAGAUCAUUUCCUUAAAAAUUAUAGGAUCAAUUCUGUAACAAUUCAUCAACUGAAAAUGGUGAAUUUGCCCUUGAAAGAUAAAUAUCACAAAGGGAAAAUUACAUAAUUGUCCAAUUGAAAGUGUCAUGGUGUUUGUUUUAGUAGACUCCUAUGAUCAUAGUGGGAAGGAGGAUAUCAAAUAUAGAGAAUACAAUUUCACCAUUGUUGAGUUCUUGAGUUUCGGAAUUUUGGGGAUUUUUGUUUUUGCUCUUUUCAAUGGGUUGUAUUUUAAAUCAAUUAUACAGUUU